AACAGGCCUGAGGGGCUGCUUUUUUCACUCUCGUCUAACUCCGCGCAUAGGGAAUCGAAAAGGAUAUGGAGCAGCCAAGUUCUUCGUCCGAUGGCCCACCGGCAGCCACAGCCCCAGAAAAUUCAGCAACCGCCGUGGCGCCGCGUGCCAGUGAAAACUCUUCAGCAGCUCCUCCCACGCAAAGCGAGACAACAGCGGCACCACAGGCUGCCACCGAGGCCUUUGACGCGGCACCGCUCGCUGGCGGCGAUGCCCAAGCACUCCCCCCGGGUGCCACGGUAGCCCCGCCCCGCUUCGACCUCCACGCCGCGCCGGACGCGAACCUGAACCUGCGGCUGAGUCCGUCAGAAGACGGCUGGGGCGGCGCCCUCGCCUUCGGCGGCGCCGACGACCCGCUGCCGCUCGCCGACGUGCCCGGCAACCCCGAGACCGCGGCGCUCCGGCGCAAGGCGGCGCUCUACCGUAUCCCCUCAGCGGCGGAGCUCGAGGCCGUGGUGCCGGCCGCGGCCGCUCCGGCCGCGGCGCCAGCCGCUGCGACGCCAGCCGCUGCGCCGCCAGCCGCAGCGCCAGCCGUGGCAGCGCCGGCCGCCGCGCCCCUGGUGCCGCACCCGGAGCCCGCCGCGACGCCAGCCGCCGAGACAGCCGCGCCACCAGCCGAAGCCACGGAAACGCGCGCCGCGCCCGCGCCGUCCUGCGACGCCAUGCCGCCGCCGGCGCCCGUCCAGAAACCGCAAAAAACGCUCAUCGUCACGCACUUGGAAUGCGCGAACCAUGUCACGCCGGCGCUCAUGGGCACCGAUUAUGUGGCCGGCGCGGCGGCGCCCUUCGCGUCCCCGGAGCAGCCCGAGCGCGUCAAGGCCGUCUGGGCCGCGCUGAAGCAGUGCGCCUGGACCUGCGGCGGCACCAAGAUCGUCGAUACUGUUGAAUUGGCGACGUCGCCCACCUUGAAUCGGGGCCUGAACGACACGCUCGAGCGCUUCGCGUCGCCGGAGACUGGGCCGUUUGAAGGCCCUCCAGGCGCGCCGAAGCGGCAGUCACCGACGCGGACGGCGUCCGUCGAAUUUUUGUUCGACGACUUGGAGCCCGUCGUUUUGCGCGUGCACGUGCGAUCUCGGCGUCCCGCGAUGCUGCGGUGCCUUCACGCCAUCGACGCGACUCGUUUCCAUCAGACGAGGUCGUGGGUGGUUUCUUUUUCGAUUUUGAGGCCAUUCGGACCGCGAUGCCCGCGCAGGACUUCGACUACCUGUCGAGAGUAGCGACGCACGUCGAGGCCUUGCAGCGCGCCGAAGCCGGUGUUUCCGAAGCGACGGAGACAAAAAGGACACUGCUGCGAUGCGUCUCAACAACACUAACCGGAGAUACGUUCGCCUGCGCUAGAAGUUUACACGCUGCUUUAUGUGCCUCCUACACGGUCUGCAAGGCCAUUGACACUGUAGUCAGAGGAGAGUACCGCAACGCGUUCUGCGUCGUGCGGCCUCCCGGUCAUCAUGCCGGCCAAAGUGGAUCAACAAGAAAGGACCAGAAGGCGCCCGACGAAGACGAGCCCGGGUUGGUCGGCCAAGGCUUCUGCCUGAUUAAUCACGUGGCCGUCGGUGCGCGGCACGCGUUGGCGCGGCACGGUAGUACCAUCAAGAAGGUUGUGGUAAUUGACUGGGACCUCCACCACGGCAACGGGACGGAACAAAUUCUCAGUGAUCCGGACGGGCCUUUAGCUAGGGAAGGGUUGCGGGAUAGGGUCUUGUUUUGCUCCAUCCACGGCGCCGGGCCCGACGACGCGCCCCUGUAUCCGGGAACCAGGCGAGAGCCUUCGACGACACCUGCUCUGAAUGUACCGCUGAAGCGGGGCUCGGGGCCCGCGGAGUUUCUGCGAGGGUUUCAGCAGAUUUUGGACGCCGCCGAAGCCUUCAAUCCCGACUUGAUCCUCAUCUCGGCGGGUUUCGACGCCCAUAAAGACGACAUGUUCCGGUUUUUGCGACUGAACGACCAGUGCUACCGCGACAUGACGAAGCGCGUCAUGGAUUUGGCGUAUCGGGUGUGUGGUGGUCGAAUUGUAUCCUUGCUGGAAGGUGGGUAUACGAUCUCAACAUUAGUACGCUGCAGCGUCGUCCACGCUAGGGCACUAGCGACGUACGGCCAGCCCGGCGCCGUCGCCGGCGUGACGCCGGCGUCGCGCCAACCACCGCCACGACGACCAGCACCUCCACGAGAAGAAGAGCCGUCGCGGAAGCGCGCGCGGCGCGCGCCGAAGAAGAUGGAUGUCUAA